ACAAUGUACAAGAACGACUUCUGCUGCUCCAAGGACCGGUGGCUGCACUCGGGCGAGGACGUGGAGAUUCUGGCAAGUGCGGCCGUGAAGAUUACAGAUGCGCAGAAGACCACGGUCAACUCGAGUUCGCCGUACAUCACGUAUGUGAUACGAGCAGGCAAUACGGAAGCUCGCCACCGGUACUCGGAAUUCGAAUCUCUGCGCCUCAAUCUAGUCAAGUUGUACCCUACGCUUAUAAUCCCUCCUAUUCCAUCCAAGCAGUCAUUAGGUGACUAUGCUAUCAAGCAGGGGAAAGCGAAAGAGGACGCUGCCAUGAUUGCCCGGCGGAAGCGCAUGCUACAGACGUUCCUGAACCGGAUAGCGAAGCAUCCUAUCCUCAGCAAUGAACAUGUCUUCCAUAGAUUCCUGGACGGGGAGGUUUCAUGGACUGAAGUGCUAAAUUCCCCGCCGAUAUCUCUCCUGCCCAAGAACAUCCUGAAAGCGCCCUCGCACAAUCCAACGGACCAGAGUUCACUACAAGCCUACGCAGCCUUACCGAACCCGUCCGCCGCGCACCCGCUUCGCCGGCCAGAUCAGCGGUUCUUGGAUUCGGAGACGUUCACCAACAAGUUUGCGUCGCAUCUGAGCGGGCCGAUGGAGAAGGUAACGAGAAGGACUAUGAAACGAUGGUCAGACUAUGCACAAGACCAUCAAGAACUCGGUGCCACCCUGAAUGGAUUCAGCUUGAAUGAAGAGGGUCCUCUCUCAGCUGCAGUGGAGAAGACCGGACAAGCCGUAGAUGCAACGUUCAUGUCCACAACGCGCCUGCUCCAGGAGCUCGAGCAGAACUAUGCCGAGCCGCUGCACGAGUACACGCAGUUCGCGUCGAUCAUCAAGAAGCUGCUCGCGUAUCGCCACCAAAAGCACGUGCAGUACGAGAUGACGCAGGACGCGCUCGAGGCGAAGCGUGAGCAACUCGAGGAGCUCGAGAAGAGCGAGCGCGAGGCGCGCCGGUUGGAGGAGGCGCUGGGCACGGGGCGCCUGCGUGCGUCUGCGCCGUCGAGGAUGCAGAGCGAGGGCGGUGAGGGCGAGGGCGAGGGUGAUGGGGAAGGUGAGGACGAGGGAGAGCGGUCGAGGAUUGAGGAUCCGACGUCGGCGUACCUGCCGCCUCACCCGGGGCCGAACCCGGUGAAGAGGCGCGCGCCGGGUAUGGGUCUGUUGAGCGCGCUGAGUUAUACGUUACAUGGGAUGAUCGACGUUGACCCGGAGACUGCACGUCGGAAUGGUAUUAGCAAGACCAGGGAGUCGAUAUCACACCUGGAGGAUGCACUCCACCUGUCCGCGCAGGAUCUCAAAUAUUCUAGCUCGACGAUCCAGGCGGAUUUGGAUCGCUUCCAACGGCAGAAGGUGGCGGAUUUGAGGGAGAUGUGCAUCAGUAUGGCAAGGAGCCAUCGAGACUGGUGUAAGAAGAACCUGGAAGCUUGGGAAGAAGCGAAGAAGGAAAUUGCCACCAUCCCGGAACAUCCGAAUCACCUGCCCCAGGAUACUGCUUCCACCUCGGGUGCAAGGCGAGACUCGACCGCUACAGUGAAUGGGCGAUAGCCCGUCUUUCAUGUGCUCUGAUAAGAUUUCACUAGGAGGUAGAAGCUUUUUAUAAUUACGUUUCCGGGACGAUUUAUAUUUCUUGAGUUGUCUCGAGCUCGUUUUCUCCGUCGUGUAAUUAUGCUGCACUCACCUGUACAUUAUAUCAUAAUGCAAUACGUUUAGAAGGUUGGUUUGGGUA